AGGAGGCUCAGAUGGCCAGACAAGACCACGCACGCAGACCCAUCAAUGCUGCUGAAUGGAUCAACAGUUGACGUCUGUUAAGUGUGGUGGGGGACCCCCUUCAAGGUUUCAUCACUGACUCUACAGUACAGUACAUAUGUAUGUGCCCAUUGCCUAUUUAGGACUACGGUACAGAUAGAGGGUGAGUGAAGACUGCUGAGAGAUGACGGACCUGGAGGCAUCGACAGUGGGUGACCCCCCUCCCCCAUACAUGAUCUUCCUCCUGGUUUUCUUCUUCUUCAUCACGGGCCUCCUGGGUUUCCUGGUCUGCCACCUUCUGAAGAAGAAGGGCUACCGCUGCAGGACAGGGGAGGAGGAAGAUGAAGAUGAGGAGGAGUGUGAGCAGAAACUGGGACCAGACAAGAAUGCUUGGGGGCAAGCUGCUUCGCCAGACAAUCUUUCAUGUAUUACAGAUGAUGAAGAAGAGGACCAUCAAGACACUGUUGAACAAAUCCUGAAGUGCAUCAUUGAAAAUGAAGCCAACAUGGAAGCCUUCAAGGAGAUGCUAGGAAAACAGGAUAUUUGUGAACAUCAUGAUCCUACGUUACUGCGCAAAGAGAGCCUGGGGGGUAUUCCACCUCAUCACCACACCGUGCACUCUGGAGCCCAGCUUGACCACAAGUCCUGCACGCUCUGUGUGCAAGGGCGCUCCAAGAAGGCCCGACGCCGGAGCCGUGUACCUCGGACCAUUAAGCCGAGAACGCCGGGAGAGAGGAGAGAGUCCACUGUGUUCGCUGUGGGAAGGUUCCGAGUCACCCACAUGGACAAAAAGGAUCAGGGGUCUGGCGACCAGUUAGACCAAUCAGAGGCUCUGGAUAGUGAGAAGGGGGAUGAGGACGACCCCCAGAGGAAGGAGGGGUACAACCUGCGGAGCAUGUUCAAAGACGUCAAAACGGACAGCACCAAUGGUGUGGUUCCCAUCGUGGCCAAGCGGAAGAAGAGUCUGGUUCUGUUCUCCCCACGCAGAGGUAGUGAUCCAGUGGGGGCCAAAGUGCCACUGAGCCAGCCCAUGGUAGAAGAGGAACCCCUCUUCACUGCUCCAGUGCAGACCUCCAGCCCUGUGAAGAUCCUGUCGUCCCAGCCCAGCCUGGACUCUGGUGCACCUGACGACACUGAGAUGGCUCCUGUUAAAAUGUACCCUACUAGGGUCACUUUUGUAGUGUCCCCCACAGAGAGUCCCGUACCAGUCUCUCCCAACACGAGUCCAAGAGGCGUCUCCCCUCUAACACCCCCAAUGCAAGAUUCCCCCACCACCACCCCAGUACAAGUCACCCCCAUGACCCCUGAGAUAUUACCCCUUACCCAAGGCUCGUAUAAUAACCCUAGUCUUAGCGCCUUAAAUGUCUCUCUUACCCCUACCCCUGUACAAGCCUCUCCAACCUCUAACCUCUUGAAUGUCUCACCUGACCUGUCCUCCAGAAAUGUGUCCCCCUCCCCUACUCAUUUAAAUGUUUAUCCUACCCCUUUCCCCAUACAAGUCUCCCCUGGCCAGUCGUCCAGAAAAGUGUUUUCUUCCUCUAGCCCGUUAAAUGUCUCUCCUGCCCCUACCCCCUUAAUGGUGUCCCCCACCACUCUACCCCGUAGCAUUCUAAAGAAUACUACUACUUUUGUCAAGGUGGACGAAACCUCACCAACCACGAAAGGGCCAGAGGACAAGUUUGAGAGCCUUGCUACUGUCAGGGCUGACAAAGUUUCUCCCACUGCUGUUCCUGUGAAAGUCUGCCCCACUGUGGACCCCAUGAAAGUCUCCCCCACCACGGCUUCCAUGAAAGUCUCUCCCACCUCAACCUCCGUCAAGAUCUCCCCCACCAGCGGAGACCCUUUAGAGGACAAGCUGGAGGUAGGGAGUGUUACCAUAGUCAAAGCCAGCCCGGACAGUCAGAUGGAGUUCUAUGUGGUGCGUACGGCUGAGUUAAUGAAGGAGGAGGAAGAGGAGGACCCUGCUGUGGCUCAGAGCACCCCAGAGAAAGGGAAGGAUGAUGAGGUGGAGAUGGAGGGCAUACAGGACUGUCGGGUCAGCCAAGAGGAGGGUGUGUCUCUGGAGGAGAAGAGAUCAGUGCACAGUCAGCACAAGUGGUGAAAGAGAGAGAGAGAAAGAGAGAUAGAGAGAGGACACGCUGGGAUGGGGGAGGGGGAAAGACUGGCCACACCCAACUGUGACAAACGGAUAUAUUGCAAUACUACGGAGCUAAACCGAACCAGGCCAUGGCAAAACUGAACUAUACGAGACUGAGACAGGCUGUCUGGAACCAACUAGACCUUGACAUGGCUUUAAAACGGCGGGGGCAUACCAGCAAGGCUGUGAUUUAUUAAUUGAUAUAGACAAGUUGUGGUUAGCUAAGCACUGGCACCUUAUAUCCAGAUGUAUUGAUAUUAAAGGCUUGCAUAAUGUGGCUAACAGCACUGCUACAGUACUACUUCUAUUAUCAACAGACAGUGCAAGCCCAGGCCUCCAUCUACAAGUGCACUUUUUUUGAAAACACUGCUCACAGACUGCAUUUUACAACAAUCAACUUUAACCCCAACAACAAUCAACUACACCACAGUGUAAAUCGACCAACAGCAAAUAACGGGUAAUAUCUGUGUAUUCUAAUUUAUUGUCAGUCCGAUCUCUAACUCUUCUACAUCAGCGGGGGCUGCUGAGCGGAGGACGGAUCAUAGUAAUGGAUGGAACGGAAUAAAUGGAAUGGUAUCAAACAUGUGGUUUCCAUGUGUUUUAUAACAUUCCAUGUACUCCAUUCCAGCCAUUAUUAUGAGCCGACCUCCCCUCAGCAGCCUCCAAUGUUCUAUAGAGUUGAAGUCGGAAGUUCACAUACACCUUAGCCAAAUACAUUUAAACUCAGUUUUUCACAUUUCCCUGACAUUUAAUCCAAGUAAAAAUUCCCUGUCUUAGAUGAGUUAGCAUCACCACUUUAUUUUAAGAAUGUGAAAUGUCAGAAUAAUAGUAGAGAGAAUGAUUUAUUUAAGCUUUUAUUUCUUUCAUCACAUUCCCAGUGGGUCAGAAGUUUACAUACACUGAAUUAGUAUUUGGUAGCAUUGCCUUUAAAUUGUUUAACUUGGGUCAAAAGUUUUGGGUAGCCUUCCACAAGCUUCCCACAAUAAGUUGGGUGAAUUUUGGCCCAUUCCUCCUGACAGAGCUGGUGUAACUGAGUCAGGUUUGUAAGGCCUCCUUGCUCACACACGCUUUUUCAGUUCUGCCCACAAAUUUUCUAUGGGAUUGAGGUCAGGGCUUUGUGAUGGCCACUCCAAUACCUUGACUUUGUUGUUCUUAAACCAUUUUGCCACAACUUUGGAAGUAUGCUUGGGGUCAUUGUCCAUUUGGAAAGCCCAUUUGCGACCAAACUUUAACUUCCCGAAUGAUGUCUGGAGAUGUUGCUUCACCAGUCCCUCUUGCAUCAAAGCACGCCACAACAUGAUGCUGCCACCCCCGUGCUUCACGGUUGGGAUGGUGUUCUUCGUCUUGCAAGCCUACCCAUUUUUCCUCCAAACAUAACAAUGGUCAUUAUGGCCAAACAGUUAUAUUUUUGUUUCAUCAGGCCAGAGGACAUUUCUACAAAAUGUAGGAUCUUUGUCCCCAUGUGCAGUUGCAAACCGUAGCCUGGAUUUUUAUGGCAGUUCGGAGCAGUGGCUUCUUCCUUGCUGAGUGGCCUUUCAGGUUAUGUCGAUAUAGGACUCGUUUUUACUGUGGAUAUAGAUACUUUUGUGCCGGUUUCCUCCAGCACAAGGUCCAUUGCUGUUGUUCUGGGAUUGAUUUGCACUUCUCACACCAAAGUACGUUCAUCUGUAGGAGACAGAAUGCAUCUCCUUCCUGAGCGGUAUGACGGCUGCAUGGUCUCAUGGUAUUUAUACUUGCAUACUAUUGUUUGUACAGAAUAACGUGGUACCUUCAGGCGUUUGGAAAUUGCUCCCAAGGAUGAACCAGACUUUUGGAGGUCAACAUUUUUUCUGAGGUCUUGGCUGAUUUCUUUUAAUUUUCCCAUGAUGUCAAGCAAAGAGGCACUGAGUUUGAAGGUAGACCAUGAAAUACAUCCACAGGUGCACCUCCAAUUGACUCAAAUUAUGUCAAUUAGGCUAUCAGAAGCUUCUAAAGCCAUGACACCAUUUUAUGGAAUUUUCCAAGCUGUUUAAAGGCACAGUCAACUUAGUGUAUGUAAACUUCUGAUUCACUGGAAUUGUGAUACAGUUAAUUAUAAGUGAAAUAAUCCGUAUGUAAACAAUUUUUUGAAUAAUUUGCUGUGUCAUGCACAAAGUAGAUGUCCUAACCGACUUGCCAAAACUAUAUAGUUUGUUAACAAGAAAUUUGUGGAGUGGUUGAAAAGCAAGUUAUAAUGACUCCAACCUAAGUGUAUGUAAACUUCCGACUUCAACUGUAUAUACCAUACUAUGGAAUUAGAGCCAGAAACUGCCUAUGAGUAACUCAAGGUUCCCUUUCAGUUGGUCACUCGGUAUAACAUACUAUGAGGAGUCACCUGAAGAAACUAAAAACACGCCCAACGGGCCAAUAAAUGCAAAGUCCGCCCUCAGAAGCCCCAACUUUCCUAGCCAUAACACCUGGGUUCGUAUUAAUUUCCUCAAUUCUCCGCUCUUCAGCUCACCUGAAGGAGAACUUGUCACUCGAUUUACAAGCACACAAAGAUUACUGGUUUCGGCUCUGUACUCGUCCCCCAAGAUUUUGCGAGUUUUGGGUCUUGGUAUCGGUUUUUGUGUUAGCUAAAAGCUAAUUACUUUCUGCUCUGCUUGUGUAGCUAAUGCUUCGUUGCUUGAAUAGGUUUUGUGUUUGCAAAAAGCCGACUACCUCUGCUGUGCUUGUGUAGCAAGUGCUUCCUUGCUUAAGUAAGAUGGUCAAAAAGGCUAACCUGCUGGAUUUGAACCUCCGACCAUGACCAUAUGAUUUCACAAUGAAAUUGAAAGAUACUCACAAGUGCUGUCCUGUUUGCCUGGGGUGGACACAUACACUCAGGCUGCCUUGGCAUGGACUAGUUCGUGUGACCGGUGUCACCGGCUGAAUUUAGACUGAAUUUAGACUCUAUUGUAUGUUGACUUCUUAGAUUGGGGUUACUGAAGAAGUCCCUUUCUUAAAAAAAAAAUUAACAAUUAUGGCGGCCUGAGAGAGAGGGGCUGUUUUGUUGGUUGGAAUUGUUACCCUCCGUCAUGCAGGGGCCUGGGGUUCAAUUCCCCGAUGGGCAACCCAGCCAAGCUAUGGGCUAGUUGGCUGGGUUCUCUUCUUCCCUGAAGGGCAACCGCAUUCUGGAAAGGAUGUGGUGUCUCUGACUGGUUCUGGGGGGUUUUCAGAGAAGGAGGUGGAUGAGCUAGCUCAGGCAGCUUCAUGUUUCUACCACGGAUGUCACGUUGAGCUGCAGAGCAGUGGCCGGCGGUAUGGCUCUCCUUCGCAACGGAGGUAGCCCAGGUUGGGGAAAGUUUUACCACCUGUGAUGACUGCGAUAAAGUGUCACUUGACUCUCUUUACGUUUUUUUACUUGAAAUAACUCACAUUCAGCCAAGUUGCAUGAAAUGUGGAACUGUUUUAGAGGGGGCACGUUUCGCUUUCAUGCUAGUAUGGAACGCUAGUUAGCCACCUGGCCUCUGAGGCAAACAGAGAGGCUAAUCCUUGUCCUUUGCUCCCAAAUAGAGCACGGCUUGCAUGCUAGUUGGUCAUAAAUAACCUAUCGGAGCCGGGAGAAUGAGUUUUGGGAAAGCCAAUUUCGCCGAAGGAGUGUUUGGCUCAGCAAUGGAGUCCAUGCAGUCCCGUUCCUAGAAGAAGCAAAAGCAGGAAGUAGAAGUGCUUUCCUGCUGGGAAAAAGCAUGUGAACGCCCGUCCAACUCUAUGACUAGAAGACUCGGUUAUGAUAUCUGGACCCAAAUCUUUUUCAUAUGCAGGGCCUCGAUGUCAUGCACCACUGAGAAUGACAAACAAGGGCACUUUAUUUUGUUUGUCAAUGGUGACGUUGUGCAUUUGCAUUUUGGUAAUUUGGUGGACGCUCUUAUCCAGAGCAACUUGCAGUAAUGAGUGCAAUACUUCUACCCAAGGGUCUAUGGUGUCCAAGGGUAUCAAAAGUAUGGUAUCACCCAUAUGUGAGCAUAAAUCAGUCUCUUCAGUCAGACACAAGGUUGUCGGGAGUGGUGGCUGUGAGAGGACAUGACAAAAUAACCACAUUAUCCCAGUCCUCAAGGUGGUGCUCCACCCCUGCAGAUGACAAUGUAUGGGAGGUUGGCCGUGUGCUCCGCCCAGUGGUGGGCUGGUGAGGCGUCACCAUGGGUGUGUCCUAGCGCCUGUAGUGGGCUAUUCGGUUGGUUCUCGUGUUAGAAGUACAGAGCGGUUGGUAUAGCCGGUAUUCCCAAGUUCCUAAGAGCAAUGGAACACUGCAUCAAAUCCUGGACUUGUGUGGUUUGGACAAGCACCUUAAGGUGUACAAGUUCAAAAUACUCACGCUUCUGCGGCUACUAGAGUCGAGGCUUCACUGCAAUUGGUUCACGUAGCUACUCGUCUGGAUGCAUCUCGCCAUUGCCAUCAGUUGCUGAAGAUAUCCCCAUCGUGCCUGAGGGUGUUAACUCCUUAGAGAACCCUGCGACUGUUGUUGCCAUUGGCUGGGUAGUGUCCUGCAGGGUGAUCACAACAGACGCAUCCUCACUGGGAUGACAAGCGCUGUGUGUGGGCUACUCGGAAAGUGGGAUUUGGUUGAUAGCGCUAAGGGCGCUGCAUAUCAAUUACCUGGAGCUACUGGCUGUUUUGCUGGCACUGAGGCGCUUUCUUCCGAUAUUGGAGGGCCAGCAUGUGUUGGUAAGUUCUGACAACACUCUCUCUCUUGAACCUGGCUCAUUAUCUGCUCAUAGGGAGUAAUGGGCAUUUCCUGUUGCUCAGGGUGACAUGCCUUCCAGAUCUCUCAACGUGGGUGUGGAUCUACUUUCCAGGGUGGGUCCUCUCUCAAUGGAGUGGAAACUUCACCCCUCGGUGGUUGCCCAGAUAUGGGAUCUGUUCGGCAAGGCCGACGUAGAUCUUUACACAUUGUGAGAAAACCACUCAUUGUUGCUUGUUCUUCUCAAUAAAGGAUCUGGGGAAUGAAUACUUUGGCACAUCAGUGGCCUCGGGUUUGGCUUUAUGCUUUUCCUCCGGUGGACCUCAUUCAGGCCACCUUGAAAGGGUCUGUCAGGAGUGUCUGUUGUUGAUUCUGGGGGCCAGACAACCCUGGUUCCCAUCAUUCACCUGUGGAGAGUUCUGUGUUGUCUGUAUCUGUUGUCCCAGGUGCACGAUAUGUUUGGUAUACACAACUGUAGAUAUGAAAUAUGUGGGUUUGGCCCCUGAAAGGCUGAAAUUGGCGGCUAGGGGUUUAUACCCUCGAACUUGAUUAUGACUUUACAGUCGGGCACGAGCUUCCUCUAACGUCUAAGUUGUGUGCGUUUAAGAGUUGGUGUAAGAUUAAAGGAUUUUCUCCUUUACAGAGCUUUGGUGGACAUGUUGGUGUUCUUGCAAGAGCUUUAUGAGCAGGGCAUUUCUUUUCUACACUAUAAGUUUGUGGCAGCCAUCUUAGCGUGUCAUGUAGGGAUUGAUGGCUCUACCCCGGGGUUUCAUCCUCUGGUGGUGCGGUUCCUGAAAAGCGUGCGUCGGCUCAGACCAGUGUCUAAGUCUAUGGCACCGACCUGGGACCUGGAUUUGGUCCUGGACACAUUGUGUGAGCCUCUUUUUGAACCAUCGGAGUCUGUGGACCUGAAGGUCCUUUCCUACAAGACUGUCCUGCUUAUGGCCUUGGCGGCAAAGUGCGUUGGGGCGAUCUCCACACGCUAUCAGUACACCCUUCCUGUUUGGAGUUUGCGCCUGCAAGGUGGUGUUACGUCCUAAUGCAUCUUUUGCUCCUAACGGUUAACCCUAAUUCCUACAGCUUUUCAGCUGUUCCCUGUCUCACCUCCUCCGUUUGCUUCCAGCGAACAAAGGAAGUUGCAUGGCCUGUGUCUGGUGCGUGCUUUACGCACAUACAGUAUAUGGAUAGGAUCAAGGAUAUCCAUGUUUGUGACCAGUUUUUUGUCUGUUUCGCUAAUCCAGCUUGGGGUAGGUUGCUUUCAUCUUUCUCAUUGGAUUGUGGAGGCUAUCUAAUUGGCAUGUACAGCAAAAGACAAGGGUUUACCUAGCGGUGUGCAUCCUCGCUCCGUUAUGGGUGUGGCUGUGUCUUGGGCAUUGUUCAGGGGAAUUAUGAUUCUUGAUAUCUGUGCUGCAGCGAGUUGGGGUUCCCCACAGGCCUUUGUGAGGUUUUAUCUGUUGGACAUAACUGCUCCCAGUGUGAUUCAUAGUGUUCUUAUGGCUGGGUCCGGGAGUUAGACAGAGCGCAGAUUGUGCAUUUAUCCGGGUUGCUACAGUUUCCUUGUGGGUUUGAGCCUUGGACUGCCGUGGUUCGUUGAUGAGGCGGCACACAAAUGCUAAUUUUCAAGUCACAGCAGAUGCCCUGUUGGUUUGGACUUGCGGCUCCUUGUGAGUUCUGGCAUUCCAGACUCCUUGGGUCUCUGUGGGAGCCUUUUUGGAACCGGUAAGGUCUACGGACUUGGGCCGCCUUGGUCGAUGUUAGGCAGCGUUUUGUCCGGGUUACCACAGUUUUCCUGUGGAUUUGAGCCUUGGGCUGCCAAAUGCAAUAUGCAUUUGUCAGGCAGCGGCAGGUAGAAUUGGGCCAGUAGUGGUUAGAGCGUUGAGCCAGUAACCAAAAGGUAGUUGGGUCGAAUACCCGACCCUGUAAAACAACACAUUUCACUGCACCUAUCCGGUGUACAAUACGUGACAAUAAAACAUCUAUUUUUUAGGGUUACCACAAUUCCCUGUAGAUUUGAGCCUUGGGCUCUGGUCAAUGCUAUGCAGUGCGCGUGUGCGCUUUACCAAGUCACGACAGGUGUUCUGUUGUUUUGGACUUGCAGUGCCUUGUACAAGUUAUGACAUUUCAGGCUCGUAAGGUAAAUAAGUAUUGUUCUUGGAACCGUGGGGUCUAUGCAGUGGCAGCGUGUCAGUGCGCAUAACCAAGUUGCUGCAGGUUCUGGUUAUCUAUAUGGGGCUCUGACAGUUCAGGCCUCAUGAGGCUCUGACAGGUCAUGUCUCUCGGAUAAGUGUUAGGGAAAAAUAUGGCUUCUAUAACCCCUUUCUGGAGCCUGUGGAACCUUGGUGCUUGGGCUGCCGUGGGCCUCCUAGUUUGGUACCCCCUGAGCCGGCUUUUGGUAUGAGUGUAUGUCCCCAUAGUAUGUUAUGCCGAGUGACCGACUGAAAGGGAAUGUACAGUUAUGAAUAUAACUAAUGUUUCCUAAAGGAAGGAACGAGGUGUAACAUAUUUUGGCCCUGUGCCCCGUCAGGGUGAUUGGGCUCGCUGUAGUGGUACUGAUUUGAGGAAAUUAAUGCAAGCCCCGGUGUUAUAGCCAGGAAGGCGGGGCUACCGAGAGUGGACUCUGUAUUCAUUGGCCCGUUGGGUGUUUUUAGUUUGCUUCAGGUGUGAUUGGUCGUCGACUCUCCAUAGUAUGUUUUUAAUUUUUUACUUUAGUUUAUUUAGUAAAUAUUUUCUUAACUCUAUUUUCUUAAAACUGCAUUGUUGGUUAAGGACUUGUAAGUAAGCAUCACGGUAAGGUGACCUCACUAUACCUGUUGUAUUCAGCGCAUGUGACAAAUAAAAUGUAAUUUUAUUUGUAUGUUAUACCUCAUACCCUCCUUCAGGGAACAGUAGUUAUAUUCAUAAAUGUACGUUUUUAUCUAGCCAUCUGAAAUAAAUAGUCCUUAAACAACUAUAACAAAUACUCAAUCAUAUUUCAGUCUGAAUAGUGCUAUUAGCUAAUGACUUUUAGAAUAAAAUGUUAAGGUACUGGAACAUAUUAUUAUUGUUGUUUAUUUGUUUACUUGGAAGCAUACAGGAGCAGCGUACAAUCCGAAGUAUUAUUCUGAUCCUAUUUUAGAAAUUAUAUAGAAAUCAUAGGCCAGCACUGUAGUUGAUAAAAACACAUCAUUAGGAUGCUAGUUUAUUUAUUGUGAUUCACAGUAUUCAUUUGUUUGGAAGUAAUUUGUUUACAGUCAGGGUGACCUCACUAUUCCCACUGGACUACAUACUCUUUGGCAAAGAAAACACUCAGAUGCUAAUAGUUAGAAGAAAAAGAAAAAAAACAUAUUUUCAGGGGUGUAUUUACAAGGAACGUAGUAGAAGCAAAAGGGCCGAAACAUGGAGGGACCUACCUGAUAUUGUCCAAUGAGAAAGGUUUGUUAUUGUUUUCCGUUGCAAAGCAUUUUGCUACUGUGUGCACUAAUGAAUAUCCCCCAGGUCUGUAGUAGUGAACAGUGUUUCCCUCUAUUGUAUACACACAGCACACAUCUCACCUCUUCUCGCUCAUCGAUUCCCAUUUCUUCUCACUAUACUUCAUAAUUUUAACAAAAUGCCAAUGUGAUUUUUAGGCUAUUUACACAGACAGCCAAAUUCAGAUCUUUUGCCCAAUUAUGUGAAAAAGAUCUGAUUGGUCAAAAGGCAAAUUAGUGGCAAAAGAUCAGAAUUGGGCUGCCUGUGUAAACGCAGCCUUGAUGUGAAACAUAUUCUAUGUCAAGAAGGCAUCAAGGCUGUGUAAUUCUUUUUGCACAACAUAUGUCUUUAUUGUUAUGCAGAGAAUACGGUUUUAGCCAUGCGAUGACAAUAUUCCUGAGCUUUACUUGACUUUAUGGAAAUAAUGUGCACUGUUGAAUACCAGUUUAUUUCAUCUAGAUUUGCUUCCUUAAUGUCAACAGGGAUGUAAUUGAAUAUUCGUUGAAAGUGAUGACAUCGGUGUCAAUUUACUACAAAUGCAUUGCACUUGUGUAAGGUGUAAGGUUUUGAUGUGACUAAAUCAUUAAUUGAAUACUUGUUUUGAAAACAAAUGUAUGAUUUUUGUUUUGUCAAGGAAGCAAAUGCCAGGUUAAAUGACUGUGAUCCACUUCAGAAUGUAAAGGGUUGAUCAGAUAUGAAUGGGAUUGUUUGUGUAGCCUUGUAGAGAUAGUAUAAACAUUUAAAAUGAUAAUACGCAAUAAAGAACAGCUAACAUAACAGCGCUUAAAUGCAUUAGAUAUACUGUUUAUUUUCAUAUACAUCAGUGGUGUGAAAUGGUCAAGAAAUGAAGAGCUUACUAUAUACUGUAUGCCACAGGCAUAAAUGUUUCACCAGCAAAUAGUACUGUCACUACACGUGUGAAUGGUAAUAUGGUUACAGCUCCACCAAGCACAGAAUAUGACUGAUUUCAAUUAAGAUUUAAUGUUUUCAAAUGAACUGGUAAACAAAAGCACACUAAUCAAAGCAAUAUUUUUGUUACCUACAUUUGGUCCCUUCUGCUGUUUAUGGCUGCUACAUGUAUUACCAGUUCACAGCAAUUACCUAACUCCUCAAGUAGUCUCACUCUGUGUCCAUUGAGUUUAAACUAUAUCUAAAUGUGUUUGUAGCGGCCUUAGAAUCAUAUAUUGCAUGUGUCUUAAUUGACAGAAGCUGGAAAAACAUAAGGUAAACAUACAUGUACAGAACCAGUUUGAACACACCUACUCAUUCAAGGGUUGUUCUUUAUUUUUACAAUUUUCUACAUUGUAGAAUAAUAGUGAAGACAUCAAAACUAUGAAAUAACACAUAUGGAAUCAUGUAGUAACCAAAAAAGUGUUAAACAAAUCAAAAUAUAUUUUAUAUUUGAGAUUCUUCAAAGUAGCCACCCUUUGCCUUGAUGACAGCUUUGCACACUCUUGGCAUUCUCUCAACCAGCUUCACCUGAAAUUAUUUUCCAACAGUCUUGAAGGAGUUCCCACAUAUGCUGAGCACUUGUUGGCUGCUUUUCCUUCACACUGCGGUCCAACACAUCCCAAACCACCUCAAUUGGGUUGAGGUUGGGUGAUUGUGAUGGCUAGGUCUUCUGAUGCAGCACUCCUUCACUCUCCUUCUUGGUCAAAUAGCCCUUACACAGCCUGGAGAUGUGUUGUAUCAUUGUCCUGUUGAAAAACAAAUGAUAGUCCCACUAAGCUCAAACCAGUUGGGAUGGCGUAUCGCUGCAGAAUGCUGUGGUCGCCAUGCUGGUUAAGUGUACCUUAUUCUAAAUAUAUCACUGACAGUGUCACCAGCAAAGCACUCCACACCUCCUCCAUUCUUCACGGUGGGAACCACACAUGCGGAGAUCAUCCGUUCACCUCCUCUGCAUCUCACAAAGACACAGUGGUUGGAACCAAAAAUCUCAAAUUUAUCAGACCAAAGGACAGAUUUGCACCAGUCUAAUGUCCAUUGCUCAUUUUUCUUGGCCCAAGCAAGUCUCUUCUGCAUAUUGGUGUCCUUUAGUAGUGGUUUCUUUGUAGCAAUUUGACCAUGGAGGCCUGAUUUACACAGACUCCUCUGAACAGUUGAUAUUGAGAUGUGUCUGUUACUUGAAUUCUGUGAAGCAUUUAUUUGGGCUGCAAUCUGAGUUGCAGUUAACUCUAAUGAACGUAUCCUUUUCAGUAGAGGUAACUAUGGGUCUUCCUUUUUUGUGGUGGUCCUCAUGAGAGCCAGUUUCAUCAUAAUGCUUGAUGGUUUUUGCGACAGCACUUGAAGAAACUUUCAAAGUUUUUUUUCAGGAUUUUCUGGAUUGACUGACCUUCAUGUCCUAAAGUAAUGAUGAACUGUCAUUUCUCUCUGCUUAUUUGAGAUGUUCUUGCCAUAAUAUGGACUUGGUCUUUUACCAAAUAGGACUAUCUUCUGUAUACCACCCCUACCUUGUCACAAAAAAACUGAUUGGCUCAAAUGCAUUAAAAAGGAAACUAAUUCCAAAAAUUAACUUUUAACAAGGCACACCUGCAUUCCAGGUGACUACCUCUCGAAGCUGGUUGACAGAAUGCUAAGAGUGUGCAAAGAAGAAUCAAAAACAAAGAAGAAUCAAAAAUAUAAAAUAUAUUGUGAUUUGUAGAACACUUUUUUGGUUAAUACAUGAUUCCAUGUGUUAUUUCAUAGUUUUGAUGUCUUCACUAUUAUUCUACAAUGUAGAAAAUGGAAAUAAAAAUAAACACAAACCCUUGAAUGAGUAGGUGUGUCCAAACUUUUGACUGAUACUAUAUACUAUUAAUCAACGACCUGAUGAUUUGAGUAUGUCUCAAAUGUGAAAAUGCAGCUGUACAACAAACAAUUAUUAAGGAAUCAAAGUAUAUAUUAAAGUUAUGAAUUUUA